AUGCUGGCGGGGUUCCUGUCUCGGAUUUACUUCAUCAAAUGGAUUGUUAGCAUUAAGAUUUUUUCCCGGGGUAGUUGUCGUGGUACUGCCAUUUUAUGGGUCACCGAGGAAGUCGCCUUUGAUACGUUGAUAUCAAUGCGGCUGAUUAUUUUUCCACCAGUUAAAAGGCGGAAUGCGGGAAAUAUCAUCAUGCAUCCAUUAAGAAACCUCCAGAACGCACAAAAUCCAUGGCAUUAA